AAAAGCUACACCUACGCUCCGAUCAAUUCAAAGAAGGGUUACAUCCGACUUCUCACUAUUCAGCCUAGAGCCUUUGACUCACCUCUCGAGGUCAACCUUUAUAAAUAUUAUCAACCUCAACGAUCCCGUUCAUUGAAUUUCGACGCGCCUUUUUACACAUGGGGUUCGCCAGCUGACCCUAAAACUCUCCUGGUACGAAGCCGUGAAAAGGGCAAACUCCAUAUCACGCGCAAUUUGGCCACUGCCUUACCAUACCUCAGGUUUCCUGAACGAGAACGACUAAUAUGGAUUGAUGCGAUCUGUAUCAAUCGAUUGGAUUACGAUAAGAGAACUUUGCAGGUACAGCUUAUGCCAGAUAUCUACAGAGCAGCCGAUCAUGUUGUGUGUUGGGUU